AUGCAAAAGCCCGAUUCCUUUCCAAAUCUAGACUUUCGAGCGUCAAAUCUUGCAAAGAUGAAGGUGAUAGCAGCUUACUUGUUGGCUGUUUUGGGAGGAAACACAACCCCCUCCGCCGAUGAUGUUAAGGAUAUCCUCAGCUCAGUUGGAGCCGAGGCAGAGGAUGAGAAGAUAGAGUUGCUUUUGUCCCAAGUGAAGGGAAAAGACAUCACUGAGCUGAUUGCUUCCGGAAGGGAAAAAUUGGCCUCGGUGCCUUCUGGAGGUGGUGCAGUGGCUGUUGCCGCCUCAGGUGGCAGUGCAGGUGGUGCUGAACCGGCUGCCGCUGCCGAGACAAAGAAAGAAGAGAAAGUAGAAGAGAAAGAGGAGUCUGAUGACGAUUUGGGAUUCAGUCUCUUCGAUUAA